AUGUCACCAAGUCAAACAACAACGGCGAGUAAUAGUACCACUGAAAUAGAAAAUUCAAAACUAGCAGCACCAGAGCCAGAACAUUGUCCAGGACCAGAAUCUAUUAAUGCUGGACAAGGAGAUGCAUGUAAAGGAUGUGCUAAUCAAGAAAUAUGUUCAUCACUGGCACUUAAAGGACCUGAUCCUGAUCUUGAAAUAAUUACUCAACGAUUAUCUAAUAUUAAACAUAAAAUUCUUGUAUUGAGUGGGAAAGGAGGAGUUGGAAAAUCCACAUUUACAUCAAUGUUAAGUUGGGCGAUUGCAGCUGAUGAAGAUUUAGAAGUAGGAGCAAUGGAUUUAGAUAUUUGUGGACCUUCAUUACCUAGAAUGUUAGGAGCUAGUGAAAAUGAAUCUGUUCAUCAAUCAAAUUCAGGUUGGGAACCAGUUUAUGUGGCGGAUAAUUUAGGAUUAAUGAGUAUUUCAUUUAUGUUGCCUGAUCCUGAUGUAGCUAUUAUUUGGAGAGGUGCAAAGAAGAAUGGUUUGAUUAAGAAUUUUUUAAAAGAUGUUAAUUGGGGAGAAAGAUUGGAUUAUUUAGUAGUUGAUACCCCUCCUGGAACUUCUGAUGAACAUUUAUCAGUAACUACAUAUAUGAAAGAAGUUGGUAUUGAUGGUGCUUUAAUAGUAACAACACCUCAAGAAGUUGCAUUAUUGGAUGUUCGAAAAGAAAUUGAUUUCUGUAAAAAAGCUGGAAUAAAAAUUUUGGGGUUAGUUGAAAAUAUGUCUGGAUUUGUAUGUCCCAACUGUAAAGGAGAAUCUCAAAUUUUCAAAGCAACUACUGGUGGUGGUAAACAAUUGUGUGAAGAAUUGGGAAUUAAAUUUUUGGGAUCAGUACCUUUGGAUCCAAGAAUUGGCAAAGCUUGUGAUUCAGGUGAAUGUUUCUUUGAUGAUUAUCCUGAUUCUCCAGCUGCCACGGCAAUCUUGGACGUUGUGGAUGCAUUGAGAGAUGAGGUAGAAUUGACCCUGAACCUACAGAAGUUGAGCAUUGAUUAA